AUGUUUACGGACGACAAAACGGCCGUGAGGCGUUUGGAUGGCACCUCGGCCUAUGAGGAAGAUGGUGAGAUCGCAGCACAGAUGGGGAGAAUCUGCCAUCUUUCCCAAGCCUUUUAUCAUCAGGGUGUGCACCUGGAGCUCCAUUAUGGCCCAGGUCAUGCUGGACUUCCCGGCAAUGAGGCUGCAGAUACCAUGGCCGGGCAGUAUCGGGAACAGUUCGCGUUGGAAAUGGAGCUUGCUGGACGGAAGCAACAAGAUCUGCCUCAGAGAUAG